AUAUAGAAACUUCCUCGCAUCUCCGACCAUAACUCCUCAUUCUUCAGUCUUUCAUCUUCUUUCUUCUUCCCUUGAGCAGUUCUUCUCCAACAUAUAAAAAAAAAACCACCAUGAUUGAAUCUGUAGCUAGCUGGUUCACUCCCACAAUUCUCUUUUGCUUUCUGAACCUCAUGAUUGGAACUAUUUUCAUCACUUCAAAUCGCAAAACUGAUACUAAGAAACAACACCAACAAAGUACAGAAAACUCAAUACCCCAACUCAGUCGAAGUCCAUCUUUGUUACAACGAGUCAGGUCCUUUAACUUCUCUUUCCCUGACCCAUUUUCCUCCGUCACUCAUGACUUUUCCGUUAACUCACCACAACUCGACCGUAGUCCAUCUUUAUUACAACGGAUCCGGUCCAUCAACUUAUCAUUCUCCCGGUCAGAAAAGACCGGUCCAAUUCCUUCUGUGGCCCAACACGCCGACCCCUAUGAAGAAGAACAAGUUCAAAAGGUUGAUAAUAUUGAACCAAAGAUUGAGAGUCACGUGACAAGGACUAAGUCUGCCACGUGCGUCGAAACGCCGGCGAAGGUCCCGACGAGGACGAUGAUGAAGUCGGCAAGUGAGAAGAUGACCGUGGCGGAGAAGGAGGAAGAGGUGGACCAGGUGGAUCGGCGUCGACCGGCGACGACGAGGGAAACGGCGUCGUUUGGAGAAGAUGAAGCAGUUGAUGAGAAAGCUGAUGAUUUUAUUAACAUGUUUAGGCAGCAGUUGAAGUUACAGAGGCUUGAUUCUAUUAUUAGGUACAAGGAAAUGUUGAAUAGAGGAGUUGGGAAGUGAGAGGGGUGUACUAUUGGGACAAAAAUACCCUUGAAUAUUUUGUUCUCUUUAACUUUUUCUCUAUGUUUCUGCUCAAGAUUCAUUUGAGAUGGUGGAAAUUGUAGUAGAGAAAGUGUGAAGCUCGAAAUAUUGAUAUAAAACUACACGGAUAUUUAUGAGAAUUAUUAUUUUACAUAUAUUAUUCGUUAA